UAUUUACGUUCUCUGCUGCUGAUUAACAAGAAAUAACAGUAUAAAAUGGAAAUGAAAGAAGAAUUUGCGAAUUUUCAGAACUGUCAAAUACUGUGUCAGUUGGUCGCGAAGAAAAAUCUAAAUGUGCUAAUAUUUUCUACUUCAAUUGGCAAAUAAUAAGAAAAUUUUUCCAAUCUUAUUGAAGAUGCUCUCCCAAUAGAUUUCAGUGUGGUAACCAGAAUGCAAUAAACUCAAGUGGAAACGUUUGCUGCAUAGUAUAUUUGCGAAUACAAAUCGAGAAAGCGCAAGAGAUUUCGAUAGCCCGUGCACAGUCACGAUUGCUCUUGCAGUAGACAACUCUGCUAUAAAUUUGGGCAAGCAAUGGAAACAGAAUCCAUAGCAGCAUAUACUCGAGCAGCAUAAAUCGAGUUGCUACGCAAAUUAUAAGUAAAUCAACAUUUGGUUGCUUGCAUUGGAAGGAAAGAAAAAAAAACAAACAAUAUUUUAAGAAUUGACAAGUAAAUUGAUUAAUAUUUGGAAGCGAUUUUACUGCCAAAACGUCGAAUAAAAAUACAAUAACAAAAACACCAGCAACUGUUGCUGCUACAGAGCCGACACCAAGUGGUCGCCGAUCAAGUAAAGUGCUAACAGUGGCAGCGGCGGCAGCGUCACCUGCUGCUAAAACAACGGCAACGACGACAACAACGGCGAUCCCAUCGUCAUCAGGUGGUGGUGGUGCAGGCACUGGUGCUGGUGUGGGGACAGGAGGAACAGGUGUAGGUGGUGGUGGCGGCGGCGGCGGCGGUGGUGGUGCACGUAGUCGUAGCGGGCGGCGAAGUCAUAGUAGCACUAUUCCACAACAACAGCAACAGCACAUUAUAAGCAACACUAGAAGCGGUCACAACAUAAAGACUAGUGCGAGCCGCAAUAGCAACAUUCGCAGUUCUUCGUCCAAUAGCACAAUGGCAUCGUCCAAUCACCGCGGUGGUGGAGGUGGUGGCGGUGUUGGCGGUAGUUCGGGUCUACAAAUUGGCUCGGCGUGGUUUCAACGCAAAAUUAAUUUACGACCACAGCAUCGAGGUGUUCAUUUAGUCACAGAGGAGAUACUCAGACAAAUGCCAGAACUGGGGCAAUUUUCAGUGGGAUUAUGUCAUGUGCAAAUCCUUCAUACAUCAGCGAGCUUGGCGUUAAAUGAAAGCUGGGACCCGGAUGUCAGAGACGACAUGGAAAUGAUGUUAAACAAAAUAGUUCCCGAAGGUCUGCCGUACAGGCACUCGUGCGAAGGACCCGAUGAUAUGCCGGCGCACGUGAAAGCCUGCUUCCUCGGUAGUUCAUUGACAAUCCCCAUAACUGAUGGUAAGUUAUCGCUUGGUACAUGGCAGGGCGUUUGGCUAUGCGAGCAUCGCGAUCAAGCGGGUUCACGCAAACUGGUUAUAACACUGUCUGGGUGUCCGCGUGAAACGGCGCGCAGUCCGCUGUCGCCUGUAUCACCAAUCGCUUCGACAUCCAGUUAGGGAAGGCCUCGCUCCACUCGCGAUAGUCGGUAAUCGCGGGGGAGCGACAAUAAUGACAUCAUUUCGUCGAGGAAAUUAAUUUUUAAUAGAAAUUUAGCUAAUACCAAAAUCAGUGCAACAACAACAACAACAACAACAAGAAAAACAGCGACGGAAGUAGCAGCAGCAGCAGCAGCAGCAGAAGCAGCAACAAGCAAUGCGACUACUACUUGUGCGAAAACUACGACUAAUUUAACUAAUAUAACUACGAACACGUUAUUAAGUAAUAGUAGAAGAUUGUUAAUGAAAAAUCAAUUACAUUUAAAUUUAAAUGUAACGGAAACACUGAGCGUUGAUAAUGAUGAUAAUGAAAGAGACUUAAUGAAAGCAGCAGCAGCAACAGCUGUAGUAUCUAAGUUUAAAAGGGAUGGUGUUAAUGUAGAAACCGUCACAACAGUGCCUCAACAACAACAACAACAACAACAACAGCAACAACUACUACUACAACCAUAUGAACAUAAACAACAACUAUUAGCAGAAAAAGAACAACUUAGAAAAGUAUACAGUAAAGCGGAAGCAACAAGAGGAGGAGAGGUGAGAACCGCAGCAGGCGCAACACGAGUAGCAACAUCGUUAUCAUCAUCACCGUCAUUGUUGAAUUCAUCAUCAACGGCAUUAGCUAAAUUUAACCGAAUCAUCGAUAAUACAAUGCCGGCAACCAACUAUUAUCAGCAUCACUUGCCACAAGAGCAAAUGUCCGAGAGCAUGAAACAUGCACCCGGCAUCGGUACUGCGUCACCUGCAGUGCUGAGUGACGCAUUACAGCAGCGAUUAGCGCUCGUAUAUCCCGACAUUGUCUCGACCGAUUCGCAACCGAAAAAAAUUAAUUUCACAACAGCAACAGCAGUAGCAGCGGCGGCAGCAGCAGCAGCAGCAGGAACAACAUCAACUACAACCGCACAAGCAGCGAAACCGAAAGCUAAAGUGAAAGGAAAAUCUGCUGCAACCCAUGACCGUUUACGCGUGACGCGUGCGGGAAUGUCAGCGGAAGAGGAAGCGGCAAACUUGAAGGCCGCAGCUGCUGUGACAGCACCAUCAGACGACGAUAAUCAAAUGAAACGAAAUGAUGUGCAUUAUUUGUUGAAACAAUUAAAUAGUUUUAGUGAUAUAGAAGAAAUAGAAAUUGUUGAUAUGGAGCAAAGGCAGCGGCAGCUGGAUGAGCAACAGCAGCUGGCACAGCAACAACAACAAAUAGCCCAACAGCAACAAUAUAUGGGCCAUGGCGUGGACAAAUCACACUCACCGACAGCGCAAUCGCUUGUGAUAAUCUCGCCAUCGUCGCUAUCGCACAAAGGCAUACGACGUUACGCCUCAUUGCACCAACAACAGUGCACACAAUACACGCUCGACAGCGACGAGGCGAUCGAUACCGUCGAGCAGCAACAAUAUUUGUUGCAACAAUUCGACGACUACCUUUUUCAGUCCUGCCACUAUUUGGAGACAAAUUAUUUUGCCGCCAAUUAUCGCACUGCCAUGGUCGAGAGCAGCUCGCACGAGUUCCGACCAUCGACGACGACGACGACAGGCACAUCGGCAGCGUCUGUCUCAUCGGAGCAAUCGCUUGAGCUGCACGAGACCGAGCCGCCGAGCGUUAUAUGCAAGGCACCACCACCAGUGCCUGCGUCACCGCCUACAACUAUAGCAGUGGCUGCAACUAAAACAACACCUUUGACUGAUAACGGCGCUGCUGCUAGUACAUCUGUAACGCCCAAACGUUAUGGCAUGCAGGCGCGCUUGACCAGCAGUGGUGUACAAACGGAACUCACCGCCACUUCCCUAACAGAGGCGUCGUUGGCCAAGAGCACAAGCAGCUCGGCCAGUUCCGAAGAGCAACGUCGUCGUGCGCCAUUUUUCAAAUGUUGUUACACACCCAUAGAUCGUUGGCGUGAGAAGCGUAGCGCAGCACACACGGCUGCGGCUGCACAGAAGCGUGGUAGCCGACAAUUAGCGCAAACAAGCAACGUUUCCACUGCAUUGGGUAGUGGCGGACGUGGUAGUGACACUGCCAGUGCCAGAGCCAGUGAGACCGUUGUUGUCGUACAACAACGUGCGCGCAAAAAUGGUCAUGCAGUCUGACAAAUCGAGUGCGCGAUGGAGUGUGUAGGCGGUAACGUCAGGUUGAUUAGCAAACAAUGCAAAUAUGUAGUCGAUCAGCGCCGGUGUCUAUUUGCGAUAUCAACAAUUUUUUCUAUUUCAAAUAGGAACUUGGGAUAUUCAAGAUUAUACCAUUGUAUGUAUAUUCAUCGAAAUAUCUUAAGUGGAUUAUUUGUUUAAAAGCGCAAACUUAGAUGUUAAACGAGAAGAUGGAAGAUAAAUAACAGGUGUUAUUUAUCGCCUGGAGUGAGUGUUAUUGCGUAGCAAGCAGAUAAAUUCAAGAUAUGAAUUGAUGACGUAGCAAAAAAUAUAAAAGUAAAAUAGAUAUCUUAAAAAGUGUUCUAAAUGUUGAAGCUUUUUGAAAAAGCCUUUUAGUUAUUAUAUGCAUGCAAGCAGAAUGUGAAAGAGUGCAAUGCCGGUGCUCACACUGGCAUAUUUUGAAUUAGAAAACUGCACACGCUAACCUCAAGGGUAACAAACAGCUGGAAAUACACUGCGCUAAAUAAUAUAUUUAAUGCAUUUUAACGUUUUCUGACAAAAAAAAAA